AUGUCAUGGCAAGACGACAGUAAGGAUAGCACCUGGGUAUCGGGAUGGGUACGUAUGACAUGGCAAGACAACAGUAAGGAUAGCACCUGGGUAUCGGGAUCGGUACUAUCGGGAUGGGUACGUAUGACAUGGCAAGACGACAGUAAGGAUAGCACCUGGGUAUCGGGAUGGGUACGUAUGACAUGGCAAGACGACAGUAAGGAUAGCACCUGGGUAUCGGGAUCGGUACUAUGGGGAUCGGUACGUAUGACAUGGCAAGACGACAGUAAGGAUAGCACCUGGGUAUCGGGAUCGGUACUAUGGGGAUCGGUACGUAUGAAAUGGCAAGACGACAGUAAGGAUAGCACCUGGGUAUCGGGAUCGGUACUAUGGGGAUCGGUACGUAUGACAUGGCAAGACGACAGUAAGGAUAGCACCUGGGUAUCGGGAUCGGUACUAUGGGGAUCGGUACGUAUGACAUGGCAAGACGACAAAUACCAUCAUAUCAACAAGAUCUGA